AUGGGUGCUAAAGACGUUCUCUCCCGCAAGGCCGGUGUCAUCACUGGUGACGAUGUGCUCAAGCUGUUCCAGCACGCAAAGGAGAACAACUAUGCCAUCCCCGCCAUCAACGUCACCUCGAGCUCCACUGUGGUCGCAUCCCUCGAGGCUGCCCGCGAUAAGAACAGCCCCAUCAUCCUCCAGACCUCGCAAGGUGGUGCCGCUUUCUUCGCCGGCAAGGGCGUAGACAACAAGGACCAGGCCGCCUCCAUCGCUGGUGCCGUUGCCGCCGCUCACUACAUCCGUUCAAUUGCUCCCGUUUACGGCGUACCUGUCGUUCUCCACACCGACCACUGCGCAAAGAAGCUCCUGCCAUGGCUUGAUGGCAUGCUCGACGCCGACGAGGCCUACUUCAAGGAGCACGGCGAGCCCCUCUUCUCCUCCCACAUGAUCGAUCUGUCUGAGGAGCCCGUAGACUGGAACAUCCAGACUACUGCCAAGUACCUCAAGCGUGCUGCUCCCAUGAAGCAGUGGCUCGAGAUGGAGAUCGGCAUCACCGGUGGUGAGGAGGACGGCGUCAAUAACGAGGAUGUUGACAACAACUCGCUCUACACCCAGCCCGAAGACAUCUAUGAGAUCUACAAGACCCUGUCCCCGAUCUCCCCCUACUUCUCCAUCGCCGCCGGUUUCGGUAACGUCCACGGUGUCUACAAGCCCGGAAACGUCAAGCUCCAGCCCGUGCUUCUCAAGAAGCACCAAGAAUUCGUCAAGGAGCAGAUCAAGGCUAAGGAGGAGAAGCCCGUAUUCCUUGUCUUCCACGGUGGCUCCGGUAGCUCCGUCGACGACUUCCGCGAGGCUAUCUCAUACGGUGUCGUCAAGGUCAACCUCGACACUGAUCUGCAGUGGGCGUACAGCAACGGUUUCCGUGACUACUUCAAGAGCAAGGAGGGGUACCUUAAGACCCAGGUUGGUAACCCUGAGGGUGAGGACAAGCCCAACAAGAAGUACUACGACCCCCGUGUCUGGGUACGCGAGGGCGAGAAGACCAUGACCAAGCGUAUCGUCGUCGCGCUUGACGACUUUUACACCACCGGAAAGUUGUAG